AUGAAGACGGAGGAGGCUCCAUCCUGCCUGCAGCAGGCAACGCCGGUCCUGGGCUUCGGUUCGGAUUCCAAAAUGCGGGAGGUUUGCGCUGGCUGCGACACCCCCAUCUCUGACCGGUUCCUCCUGCGGGUCAACGAGCGCUCGUGGCACGAGGGCUGCGUGAAAUGCACCGUCUGCCUGCAGCCGCUCUCCGGGACCUGCUACUGCCGCAACCGGCAACUCUACUGCAAGCAUGACUACGAGAAGCUCUUCCAAACCAAGUGUAGCAGCUGCUUGAAAGCCAUCGCCCCCUCUGAGCUCAUCAUGCGGGUGCUGGAGAACGUCUACCACGUUCACUGCUUCUACUGCUGUGAGUGUGAGCGGCGCCUGCAGCGGGGAGAUGAGUUUGUGCUCAAAGAGGGGCAGCUGCUGUGCCGCAGUGACUACGAGAAGGAGAAGGAGAUGCUGAGCGCUAUCAGCCCUGCACCCACUGAGUCCGUGAAAAGCGAGGACGAAGACGGCAGCCACUCGCACGGCAAAGGCAGCGAGGAGAGCAAAGACCACAAGCGCUCCAAGCGCCCGCGCACCAUCCUUACCACACAGCAGCGUCGGGCAUUCAAGGCCUCGUUCGAGGUUUCCUCAAAACCUUGCAGAAAGGUGAGAGAGACCCUGGCAGCUGAGACGGGCUUGACGGUGCGGGUGGUACAGGUCUGGUUCCAGAACCAAAGAGCCAAGAUGAAGAAGAUUGCUCGCAGGCAACAACAGCAGCAGCAGCAACAGCAGGAGCAAGACCAGCUGGGCAACCCUCGUUUAGGGACCGGGAGAGGGACCGGUCGCAACAGCAGGCAGAGCAACGACGACAGCGAAGACGGUGCGAGCGUUCACGGUCUGGAUGGGCUGAUGGUCCCCUACCCCAGGAUCCCCCAGCAGCAGCUGCUGCCCCUGGACCAGAACGGCUACAGCACAGACUUGUACAGACAAGGGCUGACACCCCCGCAGCUUCCAGGAGACCACCUGCACCCCUACGACUCAGAAGGAGUUUUUCAUGAUAUGGACAGCGACAGCAUCAGCCACCUGGGAGACUGCCUGCUCUCGACAGCCGAAGCCAACCUCCUCCAAGCCCGUGUGGGCAACCCCAUCGACCGACUCUACUCCAUGCAGAGCUCGUACUUCACGUCCUGACCAUAGAAAAGCUCCCAGCUCUUCACGAGUAUCUCGGAUGGAUGCUGCUUCCAAUUCAGAACGAGGGUGAGGGAGAAGAAACAAGACCGAGACCUUCAGAGACAUUCCUUGAGCACUGCACAACGGAGGACGCAACCAGCUCCGCCACGCGUACAAGCACUAAUUCCUGGAGACUUUUCACAGCCUGAAGGACUUUUGGGACGUCUCUCUCCUUUUUUUCUAGCCACCAGUAGAUCGAUGGUGUGAUGUUGUUUAGCUGUAACUUUAGCAGUUUGUCCAGUGUUUAAGCUUUUGAGCAUUAUGUCCUGCAAACAAAGACUGGCCAAGCUAACCCGAGCUGCCCCUCGAAGCAGGAGGUGCUCUUCUCCCAAGAACUUGAGUUUAUUUAAGCCUCGGUUGCAGCUGAGCUGCUCACUGUGCUGUUUUGCCUCAUUUCCCAAUCCAGACGCAGGCUUCAUGAGACAAGGUUAAUUCCCAACAGUAAAAUCCAAGGUCCUGAGCCAUCUCUAGGGGAUGCCACCGCUGCUUCCGAGAUUUUCUACGUGGUGGUUGAUCGGCUGGCCCAGGGCCGUUUGUUAACAUUUCACAUUUUGGAAAUGCACAGUAGUUUGGCCCCCGAUUGAAAACAGCUACCCUUGGGUACCUGCUUCAAGGAACAACAGAAUAUUUACCCUCUCUCAUGUUCAGGGAUGUCAGGAGAAGCGUAACACACCCACAGCGAGUCCUUUGCCAGCUUUAUGCUUGUCUGUCUCUAAAAGAGCAGUUUUCCUCCCUUUACGGACAGAACGAAAACUUCAUUCUCAGAAAACAACAGCUGCCAGCCACAGUAAUCUCAGUCUCUUUCUUUAAAAAUGAAUCAAUUUUACUCUAAAAAUACUCCUGUGGGAAAGCCCUUCCCCUGUAGGUCUGUCCACAGAGAGAUUUCCCACCCUGACUGCGCUCCCAGUUUACUCCAGGCACCCCGGCACCUCGCUUCCCUCCAUCCAGUGACGAAAAAAACGGGAUUGCGUUAUCCCGUAACGUGUCCCUGCCGAGUCACUUCGCUCCAAGAGGCUACGUUUGGCUUUUGCUUCGAGGGCAACAUCAGGACUCGGCCAAGAGAAAAGCAUCCCUGCUGCGGAUAGAAAGGAAUAACCCAUUUUCUCCAUCCACCACCAUGCCACGAGGCAGGUGAGUUACGAGAAGCAGGUGGGCAGCAACGUGUGUACCCACCAAAAGGGCAAGAAAGAAGAGAGCGGAGAAUGGAAGUCUGAAUUAUUACCAAAGGGAAAUUCUUUACUCUCCUGCUUCGGACCCAAGUCUGGGAUUUGGUUCUUUAU